AUGUAAGAUUGUAAGGACGAACAAAAUUACCUCAACUUCCUCUAGUUAGAGAAGACUGUAGGAUCAAUCGAUGACAAUUCUACUUCGUUACAUCAAUUGAAUCAUGAAAAUCUUUCUCUAACUUAUAACAUGAACUAAGAAGUUUCUCCUCUAAAUCACCAAACCAAGAGGAUAAAGAAGAAGAAGCGAGUGAUCUUCCAUUACAAGAAGAAGAGAAGAAAUACUAAACUAAUAGAGAUGAAUAACAAUAACCCAUUCACCGUUGAGGAGGACCAAAAAAUCCUAUCACUUGUGCUCAAGCACGGUCCAAAGUUUGGCAAUAUAAUCAAAAACUUCAAUGAUAGGAACCAAAACGCCAUAAAGAAUAGAUACUAUAAAUACCUUCGAUUCAGAUGGGAUUCAAUAUUGGGGAGUGACUACAGGAGGCUGAAUUGCAAGCGAGACAGCGAGAAAGUGGAUUGUAGUGAUCUAACUUAAAUCAUAGAUGAAAUGACGAUCUUUCCAGAAUUCAAAGAUUUAUUGUCCCAGUUAGUAUACAGAGUCCACUCCUAUUUUAAUUGA